AUGGUAAAAGAGGAAAACAAUGGAAUGACAAACGGGGAAAAAAAGCAUCAUGAGCAAGAUAUUGUUUACAAAUCAAAGGUUUAUGCUUUUAAAGAUGGGGAGUAUCGAAAGGCGGAAAUCUUAAUGAUUCAGAAAAAAGCUAGUGGCACUUUCUAUUAUGUACAUUACGAUGAUUACAACAAGCGAUUAGAUGAGUGGAUUACUGUCGAAAGCAUUGAUUUAAAAAGAGGAAUCGAGUAUCCGCCUCCUGAGAAGCCAAAAAAAGCUCACGGAAAAGGGAAGUCAGCAGAGUCAAAAUACCCGAAGAAUGAUCGAAGAAAAUCUUUGACUAAACCGGCAAAAACCGAACCGGGUACACCUUCGGCCAAGGUUGAACCCUCUACCCCUUCUAUCGAGAGUGAUCAUGGAUCAAACGCUGAAAGUCUUCCCUUGUUAGAUGAAGAAGAUAAAAAAGCCCCGGUAUCCAAAGAAGAGGAAGUAGAAAGGCUUCGUUUUAGUGGGUCUAUGGUUCAAAAUCCCCAUGAAAUCGCCCGCAUUCGGAAUAUAAACAAGAUUCAGCUUGGUGAUCAUGAGAUUGAGCCUUGGUAUUUCUCUCCUUAUCCAAAGGAGUUUUCUGAUGUAGAUGUGGUUUACAUAUGUUCUUUUUGUUUUUGCUACUAUGGAUCUGAACGUCAAUUUGAGCGCCAUCGUCAGAAAUGUAGCUUGCAACAUCCCCCUGGUAAUGAAAUUUAUAGAGAUGACUACAUUUCGUUUUUUGAAAUUGAUGGCCGUAAACAAAAGACUUGGUGCAGAAAUGUCUGCCUUUUAUCAAAACUCUUUUUAGACCAUAAAAUGCUCUAUUAUGAUGUCGACCCGUUUUUAUUCUAUGCAAUGUGCCGAAGAGAUGAAUAUGGUUGUCAUCUAGUUGGAUAUUUCUCAAAAGAAAAAGAAUCAGCCGAAAAUUAUAAUCUUGCCUGUAUAUUAACUUUGCCUCAAUAUCAACAACACGGUUACGGUAAACUGUUAAUCCAAUUUUCAUAUGAGUUGUCCAAAAAAGAGCACAAACACGGUUCUCCCGAAAAACCUCUUUCCGAUUUGGGUCUUAUAAGUUAUCGAGCUUAUUGGGCAGAACAAAUUAUAAUUCUCGUCUGCAGUAUGCGAAAUGAGACCACCAUUGAUGAACUUGCAAACAAGACUGCUAUGACUACAAACGAUGUUUUGCAUACACUUCAAGCCCUUGACAUGCUAAAGUACUAUAAAGGGCAAUUUAUUGUCUGUAUCACAGAGGGUAUUGAACAACAAUACGAAAGAAUAAAAUCAAAGAAACGAAGAAGGAUUGAGCCUAACUUGUUAUCUGAAUGGCAGCCUCCAGUAUUUCAUCCUUCUCAAUUACGCUUUCGUUGGUAA